AUGUACGCGCACACCCACAGAGAGGCUCUUUCUAUGAAGUACCACAAUUUAUGGUUGCUGGAAGAGUUUGUCAACCACAUUGAGGAACUAAAACAGCUGGAUGAAAGGAUUCAAAGGAAGGUGGAGAAGUUGGAGCAGCAAUGUCACCGUGAAGCCAAGGAGUUUGCCCACAAGGUCCAAGACCUGCAAAGAAGCAACCAAGUAGCCUUCCAGCACUUCCAGGAGUUGGACGAACAUAUCAGUUACGUGGCCACCAAGGUGUGUCAUCUGGGAGAUCAGCUAGAAGGAGUCAAUACACCAAGACAGAGGGCAGUGGAGGCUCAGAGACUCAUGACAUACUUCAACGAGUUCCUGGAUGGAGAACUGCGCAGUGAUGUCUUCAACAAUCCGGACAAGAUAAAAGAAGCUGCAGACAUCAUUCAGAAGUUGCACCUGAUUGCUCAGGAGCUGCCGUUUGAUAGAUUUUCUGAUGUCAAGGCCAAGAUAGCAAGUAAAUAUCAUGACCUUGAGCGUCAGCUGAUCCAGGAGUUCACAGCAGCUCAGCGAAGGGGAGAGAUUGGGCGCAUGCGUGAGGUGGCAGCAGUCCUGCUACAUUUUAAGGGUUAUGCCCACUGUGUGGAUGUCUACAUCAAGCAAUGCCAAGAGGGAGCGUACAUGCGGAAUGAUGUAUUUGAAGACAUUGCCAUUCUGUGUCAGCGGGUUAAUAAACAGGUUGGAGAGGUUUUCUGCAGUCCAGAGACUGUCAUGGCUAAACUCAUUCAGAGCAUCUUUGAGAAUAGGAUACAGACUCAUGUCAAAGAAAGACUAGAGGAGACACGCCACUCUGAUGUGGAGCAAUACCUCAAGAACCUCUAUGACCUCUAUUCACGGACAACGGCACUGGCUGCUAAGCUCACAGACUUUAACUUGGGCUCAGACAAGCACACUUUUCUAUCUAAACUGAUAAAAAAUAUAUUCUCCUGUUAUCUGGAGAGCUACAUAGACAUGGAGCGACAAUAUCUGCAAAACCGCAGUGGCUUGAUCCUUCAGCGCUUUUAUGACUCUAAGAACCACCAAAAACGUCCUGUAGGCACUGGAAGUAUGCAGGAGCUAAAAGAGAGGAUCAGACAACGCACUAACCUGCCUCUGGGACCCAGUAUUGACACACAUGGAGAGACUUUCCUCUCACAAGAGGUUGUAGUCAACCUGUUGCAGGAAACCCGACAUGCCUUUGAAAGAUGCAACAAGUUGUCAGACCCAGCAGAUCUACCAAAAAAUGCCUUCUCCAUUUUCCUGCUUUUGGUGGAGUACCUGUGUGUGGACCAUAUAGACUAUGCGCUUGAAAUUGGGCUGUCAGCCAUCCCAUCUCCAGAUGCCAAAAAUGCCAACCUCUACUUUUUGGAUGUGGUUCAGCAGGCCAACACAAUCUUUCACCUCUUUGAUAAGCAGUUUAAUGAUCAUCUUAUGCCUCUUAUUAGCUCCUCUCCUAAGUUGACGGAGUGCCUGCACAAGAAGAAGGAGGUGAUCGAACAGAUGGAGGUGAAGCUGGACACCGGGAUUGAUCGGACACUAAACUGCAUGAUAGGCCAGAUGAAGCACAUCCUGGUGACUGAACAGAAGAAAACAGACUUCAAGCCAGAAGAUGAGAACAAUGUCAUGAUACAGUACACUACAGCAUGCUCAAAGGUGUGUGCCUAUGUGAGCAAGCAGGUGGAGCGUGUGCGGCGGUCCAUGGAUGGUAAGAAUGUGGACACAGUCUUGACUGAGCUGGGAGUGCGGUUCCAUAGGCUGAUCCACGAGCACCUGCAGCAGUUCAACUACAGCUCCAUGGGUGGUAUGCUAGCCAUCUGUGAUGUGGCAGAAUACCGCCGCUCUGCCAAAGAUUUCAGGGUAAGGAGAGGUCAAAGGUCUUGUUUUUGCCACCUCAUGACAUUAUGUAUAUUUUAUUCAGCAAUUACUCACUCUCAUCUUGUUCGUGCAUAA